AUGCAACAUUACGUGGGGUUGGUUAUUUUCCUAGUGUACCCGAUUGCUUACGGAUGGUACAAUAUCGUCAAUACCGGCAUGAGCCCACUAGGCAUGUACUACUACUACAACACGCUAAUUACUCAGACAAGAGAAGACGGUACGCUCUUGUUCCUCACGUCCUCGAAGGCUGUAAGGGAUGAAGGGUUUGUACUGCUAGGUGGGAGUGACGUCCUCAUUCGAGCGAAAGAUCUGUACAUCAUCAUGGGCAUGAAGUUGUUUACCGAGAAGAUGGCUAGUACAAUCAACUUGUCUGUCGUCUUGGCUCACAUUGUGAACGGCCGCUUGACACCAAUGCGUAGAGUAAGCUACAUCGCGCUGUACCUCGUAUCGAGACGCUGGAAUGGUCGUAUCUCGUACCCAGACAUCAGCUGA